AUGGCAGCGGCUGCACAGGCUGCCCAGCUGCCUCGUCGUAUAAUCAAGGAGAGUCAAAGGCUUCUGACAGAACCAGUGCCCGGCAUCUCUGCUGCACCCUCCGAGGAGAACCUUCGCUACUUCAAUGUGGUGAUAUUCGGGCCCGACUCCUCCCCAUACCAAGGCGGCGUGUUCAAGCUGGAGCUGUUCCUCCCUGAGGAUUACCCUAUGGCGGCCCCCAAGGUCCGCUUCCUGACCAAGAUCUACCACCCCAAUGUGGACAAGCUGGGUCGCAUCUGCCUGGACAUUUUGAAGGACAAGUGGAGCCCUGCCCUCCAGAUCAGGACAGUCCUGCUCAGCAUACAAGCCUUGAUGAGCGCGCCAAACCCUGAUGACCCUCUCGACGAGGCGGUGGCGAGGCACUGGAAGGGGAACGAGGUCGAGGCCAUGGACACCGCCCGCGCCUGGACUGCCCAGUAUGCACGCAGCUGA